CGUAAGUUUUAAGAAUACGAUAGUAAUUUACAAAUAACAAGUCAUUUAAAAUAAAGGAAAUGUAAAUUAUAAAGCUAACUCCUUGGUUUUUCACAUUGUAAGUAAUGAAAAAGUAGUCGCAUGUAAUGUGUAAAAUAUUAUAAAACUCUAGACAAUACAAACAUUUAAGUCAUUCUUUAUUUUCUGUUAUUUCGUGAAGAGUUUCUUUUUUUAGAUGCACUCAGUUGCACGCAUACUGAACUACAGCAAAUUGAAAUCUGAAGCGUCAUACAAAAGUUUACCCGAUAAACAGCCACCAGCAGAUUGGCCACAAAAUGGAGAAAUUUGUUUUGAUAACGUUUCUUUACAAUAUUCCAAGGAUAAAAAUGUUGUACUAAAGAAUUUAACAUUUCGUAUUCAUUCAGGAGAAAAGAUUGGAAUUGUUGGGAGAACAGGAGCAGGGAAGAGUUCAAUAAUAGCUGCUUUAUUUCGUAUGACAGAACCAACAGGAAAGAUAACAAUCGAUGGAAUCGAUAUUAAAGAUAUAGGUCUUCGGGAUCUACGUAGCAAAAUUUCGAUCAUUCCUCAA